AUGACUGGACUUUUAUCAGUGAAGGAUGAGGCAUUGUUUGAGGUGUUCCCAAGAGCUACAAGGAGAGUAUGCUGCCAGCAUUUGUACUCAAAUUGCAAGGCUGCAGGAUGGAGUGGGACAACAUUUCAUAAGUUGUUUUGGAUUGAUGCAAAUGCCUACAAUGAGUAUGUCUUUGGAAAAGCUAUGUCAAAGAUAAAAGAGUAUGAUGCAGCAGCAUUUGAUUAUCUGACAAAGGUUGAAGAGCAAUGGAGUGUGCACAUGUUUGACAGGACAGUUUGUUGUGAUCAUAACACAACAAACUUCGUAGAGUCAUUCAAUGCCAUAACAAAGGCCAACAGGGACAUGCCUGUGUUGACAUUGCUGGAAGCUGGUGGUGGAGAGUUUGAGGUGAGGGAUGGCUAUGUCAAGUUCCCUGUCACCCUUGGAAAUAUGACUUGUGGGUGUGGGAAAUGGCAAGGAUCAGGGAUCCCAUGCAAGCAUGGUCUCAGGGUCAUUUACAACCAGAGACUUGAUCCUAGGGACUUUGUGUCUCCUUUCUACAAGGGGGCUGCAUAUAAACAGACUUAUGGAGACCACAUCCACCCCAUGGCUGAUCCAACUCACUGGCCUUCACUUGAUGUGCCAGAAAUUGCACCUCCCCAAGGGAAAAGAAAUGCAGGCAGACCACCUAAGCAAAGGAGAAGAGCUGCUCAUGAAGCAAAAAAAGGGAAGAGGCACAAGAACAACAAAUGCAGCCUGUGCAAAGAACUAGGACACAAUGCAGUGACAUGCAAGGCAAGAAAGGCAGCAGCAAAGAAGGCAGAACAUGCAGCUUCCUCUUCACAGCAACCCAACACAAGGGGGAAGAAGAGAAAGGCUGCUACUUAG